AUGUUGUUUGAAUUUUACAAUAAACAAAAACAGAAUAAUAAUAAUAGUAAUAGUCAAAGUACAGGAGGAGGAGGAGGAUUACAAUAUCCUCGAUCAUUAAAUAUCUUUAAGAAAUUAAGAAAAUCAUUUUACAUUAUUCUAGUCAUCGGACUUUUACUAGUAGUAAUAUACCAACUAUUAAUCAAUUAUGUUUUAGUUGUAAACAGAUUACAAUUGAAAAAUAAUAAUAUUAACCAAAACAAAGGAGGAGAAAAUCAUGUCAGUGUUUUACCAAUUGCAGAACUUACUAUAGAAGUUACAAGUCUUGGUGGUAAAGCAGUUUAUGAAAAAGUUGGUGAUCAUUUAGCACUACCAAUUCAAUAUACCAUUAAUCAACAUAAUAAUAACAAUAAUAACAAAAACAAUAAUAAUAAUAAUCAAAACUUAAAAGAGAUUGGAUUAUCAAGUAAAAUCAAACCUAAAACCUUUUUAAAUGCUCCCAUUUUCUCAUUUCUAUUUGAUUUCCUUCCAUCAUUUUCUUCACAACAAAUUAAUCAAGGGUCUGCUGCCAUUGUAGCAGGAGUCAAAGAUCUAAGUGAUAUUUUAUCAGCUACCAGUGGUCAUGGAUUUGUACCAAAACAACAACCAACGAUAGAAAGGAAUGAACUAUAA